AGCUCCUCCCUCUGUGUGUGUGUGUGUGGGUCUGAAGCUGAACAGCUGGAGGAUCCAGUCCUCUCUGAUCCGGGUCAGGGUGUGUAGCCGAGCCGAGCUAACUGACAGGCGGGCGGGAGCCAGGCCAAACAGUCGUGUUGUCAAACAUUCAGCUGUCUGAUGUUAAAUCUGGACUAAAUAUGGAUUUCGACGCGUUAUUCAACGAAAGGACGUUUGAGUUUUCGGACUUCCAGGAGUUCACGUUUCUACCUGGACACCAGAAGUUGACUGAACGAGUGAGAAAGCGACUGUACUACGGCCUGGAUAAAGAUGUUUCCCUAGACGCCCUCUCUUGCCCUGUUACAGAUAUUGCCGUUGAGAUCUUCCAGAAGUCUGCCCCAAGCCCCAUACGAAAGCUGCAGAAGAAGUAUGCUGCUCACGUCUCCAGAGAGGCUUGCAUCUCGCCGUGUGCCAUGAUGCUCGCCCUAGUUUACAUAGAAAGGCUCCGACACAGAAACCCUGAAUACCUACAAAAGAUCUCAUCCUCCGACCUCUUCCUGAUCUCCAUGAUGGUUGCCAGCAAGUACCUGUACGAUGAAGGCGAGGAGGAGGAGGUGUUCAAUGAUGAGUGGGGAGCAGCCGGAAAGCUGGAUGUCAAAACCAUCAACACCCUGGAGAUGAACUUCUUGAAUGCCAUUGAGUGGAGCCUCUUCACGGAGCCAAGCGACUUCUUUGAUAUCCUCAGUCAGCUGGAAACCAGCAUCGCGGAGCGGCAGGGGAUGAAACGUGGCUGGUUCACCUACACUGACCUCUGUGUGCUUCUGGAGCAAUCAGCAUGGAGCCAAACCCUCGUGGCAAUCUACCAGCACUUUACCAAGGUCUCCUGUAUGCUCGGUCUCGUCUACCUGACCAGUGUAGCCGGUCUCAUCGCCACCAGCGCCGUGCUGCAUCAACUCAGCCUCUCCAGAAGCGACCAAUCUCUGCUUCCACCUCCUCUCGAGAUCAGCACUGUCCACAUCAACACCUCACCCCUGAACUCUGACGCCCCCCCUGCGGCCCCACACACACCCUGCUGCGUCCAGGCCAACAAGAGUCUGAACCGGCAGGCUGGCGUGUUGCGACAGAGCCAGCAUGAGACGGAGAGUCACCAAUCUGUGUCCUCUCAGACGUCGGUGCUCUGUCUCUGGGGGUCUCUCCUUGCCUCAAUGGGUCACACGUAUCCUGAAACAGAUCCUGACGUGGACGUGGCACCAGCCUCAUUCCUCUGCCCCGGCUCUCCUCUUCAGUGCAGAAACGCCUCAACAUUCUUCGCUCGUGGUCCCCUUGAUUCACAGCGUCACGCACCGUGGCUCUCCCCCCACCUCCUCGGAGGGGCAGAGCCAAGUCUGAACUCUCGGCUUGGGGCGUUUCCUCCUGUUCACCUGGGACCCUGCCACCCUCAGUCCAUGUUACCUGUCAACAAAGCCCAGGCUCUGCUCAUGCCCGGGUAGAGACCAGCACACUCUCCCCUCUGUCCGCCUGUAGAAACAGACUCUGGAAGCUUAGACCAGCAUCACUUUAAUGACUCAUUAUCGUCUUUAAGUCGUGCUUGUGUUUACACUUCCAGAUCUGGAGUAUCAGGAGCAGAGGAGGACGGUGGACGGUCACUUUAAGUUCUCUGUUCACACAUACAUUUUGCCACAAGUGAAACGCCACGGUGUCGAGUUCAAGCUGAGCAGCUUCAGAUGAUAAAAGGAAAUUUGAAGAUUGUUUUGAGAUGUUUUUUUGAGGGGGUGUACUAUGAAGCAAGAUGCACAGGUUAACAAGCCUGCAGGUGGAGUGUGUAGCAUCAUAAGGGGGGCUCUCUUUAAACCUGGACUCUGAAUUAUGCUGCAAACACAACCUAAUCAGACCAGGUUUGAAUUUGAAUCACUUUGGAAACUUGAAAUUUGAUGCAUGCUCGAAAUCCUUCAAAACUUACGCCACAGAUCUGGUUUUCUCAUACUUCAGAUUUCAGAUCUGGUUACAGAUUUAGAGCUCUAGGACGUGCUCUCUAAACUUGAAUGUCAAAGUAAAGGGAGGAUCUAAAACUGCAUUAAAUGGCGAGAAAAAGGGGCCAACAACUUUUCUUGUGCUGUUCUUGAAAGCGUCAUUGAAGAGGGCGACUUGUGAUCGCUCCUCAAAUCAGACGACAAAUCUCCCUCUUACAUAAGAGCCAAAAGAGCCUGAAGACAGAAGCUGCGGCUCACAAACCACACUGAUCGAGCUUGUCUUGUUGAUCUUGCUUCCUGGUACGCCUCUCUGUUUUGGUGAUAUGAAAGCUGGGGGUGUCGGGUCCUUUUUUGAAGAGUGUUUCUUUAGUUUAAUCGGCAGAGAUCUAACGAGAGGAUGAAAGUGCGGGCGGCAUAUCUUGAAAGUUUCUCUGUAAGUUGUUAUUUUUGCGAGAAGAAGGGAUAAACCAGUUUACGUUAAAUUCAGGCACAGCACUUCCAUUUGUCUCCGCUCACACACGCACAGAAAGCACUGAAUCAUACCCAACAAUGCAAAUCGCUCCAUACCUCAGAGUGACGUCUCUCCUCUCCUCUUCGACGUCUCACCGUUUCUGUUCAGAGAGAAUAUCUGCCUGAUCAUCGAGGUGUUCCAUCUUGAGCCAAAGUUACGUUCCUGUUCUCACUCUGCGUUCACAAACAAUGGGUUCUACCUGGUUGGGUGUUUUUUGAAGUUUGACUCUACAUGCUAACAGUGUUCCUGUUUUAUUUGCACAUCUGGCUACAGGACAUGUCACUCUGUUACGACUGCACACUUACUCAGUCGUCUACCUUUUUUUAAAACCGCAGACGAAGAAGAUUUUCCUUUUCUAUCCACAGUGACGUUUGGUCCUCAAAGACUUUUACUUUGUAAUGGAACCUUUUGACAAACCGCUUUGAGCAUUUUGAAUUUGAUACAUUUUGAAAGUCCUUUUAAUUUUGUACAUGGUGUAAAAAAGCAGACGUUGUACAAACCUGUAGAGCUAAUAAAGAAUGCAUUCUUUCACAUGUUGAAGCUUUAUUUGUGUGAGCAUCUAAUGAAAGGUAAGAGAACAAUGUGUUUGACCUUUACUGCACACGCUCUGACAUUUAUAGGUUAGAGUUCAUGCUGCUUUAUUUGCUAACAUAGCAGGGGAAACUGAACCUCAGAUAUUUCCUCGUUAAACCCUAGAAAGCAGAUUUUUUCUAAUGCAUAUGGAGGGAUUAAUCCUGCAGCAGAAGGUAGAGAGAUGUAUAACUUAUGUGUUCAUAAUAAUAGGAUUAAGACAGCUGGUGCAUUCCUCUGAACAAAGCACAGAGAUGUGGUGUGUUUUCAGGAGACAUCUGCAGCAGCGUCCCUCCCCCUGAGCCCGAGCCAGCUCCUUCCUCCCCUUCCCUCCCCUCCCCUGCCUUGGCUGACACAUACCACUUGAAGAGUUCCUAAUAUAGCCCCGACUGCUCCUCCGACGGUGAGAGGGGAACACACCGAGCAGCCACCCGCAGUCUGAGUCUGCUGCUGUGUUGAAAUCGGUGUUUUCAUGGACACACGGCAGAAUCAUGGAGCCCCACUCUCAGGUGUCAUUCCCAGGAAGGAAGCAGGACGUUCUGAACAAAGAUGCUGAUGCCACAGUCUACAUGAAUUUCAUGAAAAGCCACUGCUGCUACGACGCCAUUCCAACCAGCUGUAAACUGGUCAUAUUUGAUACCAAACUACAAGUAAAAAAGGCCUUUUUUGCACUGGUGGCAAACGGCUUGAGGGCUGCACCUUUAUGGGACAGCAAGCUGCAGAGGUUUGUGGGUAUGCUGACUAUCACAGAUUUCAUCAACAUCCUCCACUGCUAUUACAGAUCUCCUUUGGUUCAGAUGUACGAGCUGGAGAGCCACAAGAUUGAAACAUGGAGAGACGUCUACUUACAGUCUUCAAAUCACUUCCUUAUUAGUAUCACUCCAUCAGCGAGCCUCUUUGAUGCCAUCUAUUCCUUAUUAAAAUACAAGAUCCACCGGCUGCCAGUCAUCGAUCCAGAGUCUGGGAACGUCCUGCACAUCCUGACCCACAAAAGAAUCCUCAAGUUCCUCCACAUAUUUGGGAAAAAAGUUCCCAAGCCUGCGUUUGUUGGGAAGCAGAUCCAGGAGCUGGGGAUAGGAACGUUCAGGAACAUCGCAACGGUUCAGCAAACGGCAACGCUUUAUGACGCUCUCUCCAUCUUUGUGGAAAGGAGAGUCUCGGCGCUACCUGUGGUGGACGAACAAGGCAAAGUGGUGUCGCUCUACUCCAGAUUUGACGUCAUUAACCUUGCAGCCCAGAAGACUUACAACAACCUAGACAUGACGAUGACAGAGGCCGUGAGCAGGCGUACGUGUUUCACCGAGGGAGUUAUAAAGUGCUACCCUGAUGAAACUUUAGAAACAGUCAUCGAUCGAAUCGUCAAAGCUGAGGUCCAUCGGCUGGUCCUGGUGGACAGGGCCGACGUGGUGAAAGGCAUCAUCUCUCUCUCUGACCUUCUGCAGGCCAUGGUCUUAACCCCCGCAGCUGUUUUCUUUCAGAGAUCAACCUGUGUCUGAAAUGAGAGAAGAGGAGAGGAGGAAGAGUUCCCCAGCUGUGCUGCUGUUCACACUGUCUCCUGUGAUAUAUGUGUUGUGUUCAAGUUACAACAAUGGACAGCGUGCUGUUGUCCAUUCUGUCUGCAUUUGAUCAAAUUGAUCGAUAUUUGUUUACUCAUCACUGUGUUUAUCUGUAUUAAACAUUUAUAUCAAAACUAA